AUGGGUGAAGCAAAAGAUAUCAACGGCGCUCCAAUGCCUCCUGCGGGGCAGUCUGUCACCCAAGACGCCACCGCCGCCAAAGAGAGCAGCUGGACAGUUGAGAGCGUGCUUACCGACAUCCUUCCCAGAUACGCCGAGAACACAUCGUCCCCCAUCCCCUUCUUCCACCUGCUCGAGCGCCUCAAGACUACCAAGCGCGCUGGCUGGCGCCGCUUCGGCAUUGACAAUUGCGAGUCCAUUGCCGACCACAUGUACCGCAUGUCCAUCCUCACCAUGAUGGCUCCCGCUUCGCUUACCUCGACUCUCGACAUACUGAAAUGCUGUCGCAUGGCGCUCAUCCACGACAUGGCUGAAUCGCUGGUCGGUGACAUCACCCCCGUAGACCAUGUGACCAAGGAAGAGAAGAGUAGACGUGAAACCGAGACAAUGGACUACAUUUGUACCAACUUGCUUGGCAAUUUCAACGGUGGAUUGAAUGGUGCAGACGUACGAGCGAUAUGGCAGGAGUACGAGGAUAGUGUGACCAAAGAGAGCCUCUUCGUACAUGAUGUCGACAAGAUGGAGCUGUUGUUGCAGAUGGUCGAGUAUGAGCGUGCAAGUGGGUGUGAGAGGGAUUUGGGCGAGUUCACGUGGGUUGCACAAAAGAUCCAGUGUGAGGAGGUCAAGGCCUGGGCGAGGCAAGUCUUCAUCGAGAGGAGGGACAUGUGGAAGAGUAAGGGGAAGACGCCGAGUUGGAGAGCAGAUACGCAACCCAAGGACGACGCAUAG